CAAAACCUAUCUGUCCCUGUUUCACUUCCCACUCUUCCAGAUCUUCACUCCCAAGCACCCCUGGAGCUACGACCCUCUGCUUCAAUGGCUACCAUACUCGAACCGAUCGCCGUUUCUCGCUCUUCGUCUCUUCCUUCCGCUACUUUCUCUCCAAUCACAGCUUCUUCUGCACUUCCCGGCCAUAGGACCUCAGCUAAGCUGCCGCACUACAGUGGCCUUAAGCUCAGACCCAUCGCAAUUACUCGUUCAGCUGGUUCCCUGAAUUCCAGCUCGAGGAUUGCUCGUCGAGGUGGCCGUGUUGUGUGUGAGGCUCAAGAUACCGCUGUCGAUGUGGCUCCUGUUACUGAUGCAAAUUGGCAGUCCCUUGUUAUUGAAUCUGAGACUCCUGUUUUGGUUGAAUUCUGGGCCCCAUGGUGUGGGCCCUGCCGUAUGAUCCACCCUAUUAUUGAUGAGCUGGCAAAGCAAUAUGCUGGGAAGCUCAAGUGUUACAAAGUUAACACUGAUGAGAGCCCCUCAACCGCAACUCGGUAUGGUAUUCGUAGCAUCCCUACUGUGAUGAUCUUCAAGAGCGGUGAGAAGAAAGAUGCAGUUAUAGGUGCAGUGCCAAAGUCAACAUUGACCACAAGUAUAGAAAAAUUCUUGUGAGGUGGUAAAUAAAGAAGGCCUUUGCUGGAAGUAAAGCUACUUUUCAUUUCAGCUUCUUCUCACCUAAAGCCGUGUCUCAUGUUUGGAUUACUGAAAUACUCACUUAAGCUUCUGUAUAGUCAUGGGAUUCUUUUCAAUAAGAUAAUUAUCAUUGUAUCAAUAUUAAGUAAAUUGAGUUGCCAUUAUAUUGCA